AUUGAUCCUGCUGCUCGGCCCGGAGCCGAGUUGGCUGCGCAAGCGAGCCUGCCUGGUCCGCAGUGCCGCAGACCCUGCGGCUGUAGCCGAGCUGCUCGCCUGCCUCGCUGGCCACCGCCGCCGCCAUGUCGGGCCAGGCCAGCAUGGGCUCGCAUCUCUCCUACUCCCACUCCGUCUCCUGGUCGCACUCACCCCUCGUGCGCCGCUCCGCCUCCGUCUCGUCACGCUCGUCGAGCAACAGCCUCGCAACCGCCUACUCGCAGCCUGGCGAGCAGCUGCUGCCGCGCCUCGCCCCUCGCUCGCGCGAGUCCAGCUCCGGCGGCUCAGUGUCGUCCGCAGCGACAUCCGUCUGCUCCGAGGAGCUGCUGGCAGACUACAACCUGCAGACACAGUCCAAGCUCGCAGAGUCAAUCCUCGCGGCCUGCACAGGGGCUCAGGUCGACGACUCGCCACGCACCGAGCACCCAUACCUCGCGCACAAGCCACUGCCAUUGCGGCCGCGACCGGCGCCGAUACAGAUUCCGGAGCGAUCCACCUCGCGCGCCACAGUGCAGCCCGCUCGCUCCUCCGACGCCGCCGUCGAGACAGACAUGUCGCCGGCGCUGCAGCGAUCAGCAUCAAACGACGGCCUGCGUGCAAGCAUGGCAAAGCGCGACGCUCCCAUGAUCGCCUCGCCGCAUCCCACCAUCGGCCUCGGCAUCGGGCGCGGUGCCGAGCUCGCGCGCUCGUCCUCGAGCCUGCCGGUGCCCGACUCGUUCCUUACCUCGUACCUCGCCAGCGGCCGUCGCCCAUCACAGGCCAGCGAGGUCAACUCCUGCCUCGAGGAUGAGAACGGCAGCGAGGAGGACCUCGAGGAGAUCCUCGCCACGCCCGGUGCGCUGCUCAUGACCAUGUCUGCGCCGCGAGACCCGAUUCCGAGUCCAGUGGCCCUCCGGCGCGGCGGCGCGCCCGAGUCGCUCAACCUUGCUCGAAGCCAUCGGCGCGAUGUGACUGCCUCGGCGCUGAUCAGCCCCGGCCGGAUGGGAGGCGACGACCUGCCCGGCGCCAAGGCCCGGCGUGUGCUGGGCAUCGAGUCCAACUCCGUCUUCGACAUGAGUCCUGACAAGCAGAGCUCCGAGGAUGUCUCAAGCGCGCCGCUGCGCUCGGGCAGCCGGCUAAAGUUUGGCAGCUUGCGCAAGCGCAGCAAGCAAGGCUCGGACGAGCCGCAGCCAUCAGGCCGGCGCCUCUCGAGCCGCGCCGCUCGCCUCUUCUCGCCGGCGACGCAAAGCUAUCUCGAGGAAUCGGGCCCAUGCGAUGGCCGUCUGCACGUAGACAGCAAAGCGCGACUGUCCGACGAGGUGACAAACUCGUCGCUCGCGUCGCCGAUCUCGCCGUACCGGCGCACCUCGGGCCCGUACCGCUUUCCCGUCUCGCCCUCGCGCAGCUCCGCGCACUCUGGCUACUCGACGGGUCCGUCUUCGCCCGCGUCCAUCGCGAGCUUCGGACCGUCCUCGAUCGCCAGCUUCAGCUCGAUGCCCGGCAGCAAGGGCCGCAAGGCGAGCCAGGACAAUUCGGCGCGCAAGCUCAGUGCCGCAGAGCAGUGGGAGAAGCAGCUCGAGGAGGCGGCAAAGACGGCGCAGUGGCAGUCGGCCAUCGAGCAUCGCCCGCGGCGCCAGCCGAGCGGCAAGUCGGCAAGCAAGGCACAGUCUGCGGCGCCAAGCUCGCGCCAGCCGUUCGUGGAGUACACGUCCGACGACGAGACGUGGCGCUCGCGCCGCGAGCGGCAGGGCAGCGUCACGAGCAUGGGCAGCCUGCCCGGCGUGCCUGCCUUUGACCGUCAGCGUCGUCCCUCCGCCGACCCGUACUUCGGCGCCAUGGCCAAGUCUGCCUCGCAAGACGCAAUUCCCAAGUUUGCGCCGGAGCGGCCGCCCAAGUCGCACGCGCGCACGCCGUCGAAUGCAAGCAGCAUCGAAUACAUGAGCCCCGCACUCUCGACGAGCUCGUCGAUGAUGACCGACCGCAACUCUUUGCGACGCAGCAUGAGCGCCGCGUCGAAGCACCUCCUCUCGCCGGCCAGCUCGACGCUGAGUCAGGCGAGCAGCUUCACGUCAUACUACGCCAGCACUGCCGCUGCCGAGUCGAGCCAAGACCUGCCGCUGAGCGGCGUCGGACAGGACAAGCCUCUUGAGGUGCUACGACCACCUAUCGAACUCAAGCCGCUGGUGCUCCAGCCCGACGCUGUUCACGUUCCGGCUCAGGCUUGGACAAAGGAGGACGACGACGAACAGAGCCUGGUCCCCGCUUCGCCAGGACCAAAGUCCGAGGUCCAGCAGACCAAGGCGCGCCGGCGCGUCGCCAGCAUCAUCUCCGUCUCGAGCAGCGACGAGAGCGGCGAGUCCUCAGACGAGGGCAAUGGCGGCGUCAUCCUGCUGCAGCUCGCCAGCUCGCCCACAUGGCCCGACACAAACCACCCUGAGCGGCCCUUCCCUCUCUCGGCGCGCCCGGAUGACGACCUCGGCGAGCCAUACAGCGACGCCGAGAGCGACUUUGGCGCGCUGGAUCGCGACGAGUUCGAGCGCGCACUCGAGAGCAUGGGCAUCGGCGUGCCGCUUGACCUCUCGCAGAUCGGCGGCGAGAAGGCCACGCCGACGCCCAAGGCGCAGCCGGCCGCUGCCAAGUCGUUCGAGACGCAGCAGCGGCGCGACGCCCUGACCUCCGACUCGGCCUAGAUCCCCCGCCUCUCCUGUACACUAGCACCUGCAUCAGGCAAUCGCACUUAUCUCUUGAUGUUCGCAGGGUAUCGCGCUGCACGCC